AUGUUGCUGUUUGUUCCAAUAACUGGAGAAGAAUGGAGAUGGGGACAGCGUUCCUUUUCAGACCCUUUCUCGGAUGGACACAGGGCAAGAAUCAGGGCUGGAGCAACACUUUCACCGCCCCAACCAUCAGUGCGUCAACCAACGACACAAUCUCCACGACUUUCAACUGGAAGAAGAUCGCCGUCUAGGAGUCCGAAUAGAAGGAAUCGAAGGAACAUGACCACAGAGCUAGCCCAACCAGCCUCACCAACAUCAUCACCAUCAGUGCUACCGCCCACACCAUCACCACCACCCUCACCAUCACAGGCAUCGUCACCACCACGACCUCCACCGGGGAUGCCACCCCUAUACGAGGGCACCGAGUGGAGGACUUCAUACAACCCCGAUGACCGCUCUCUGACAACGAUAGAGCGAAGACCGAGCAUCACCGCUUUAGGCUUCUUAGUCAUGAUUGUAAUGGCUGACAUGAGAGAAGGAGGCCGACUGCCAUGGCUCACACACAUUCAAACCGAGCCCGACGAGGAAACUGGCGAAGACAUCCGUACGAUACGAUGGGUAAGAUCAUCCGAUUUCCUCUCUCAGCCGCCAGAGGUUCAAGAACAAUCAAUGUCAGCGCUCCAAGUCAUACAUAUCGUAUGGAGAAUGAUACAAGAGCGUAUGAUGACCGAGCCACGAGCUCCGAGAGUCCCGACUGAUCCACGUGAUGUACCAUGCUCUUCAGAAGACGAGAGGGGAUAUCCUAAACAAGAAUUAAAAAUCCACUGCACUUUGCAAUUGAGAACAAAUUUCUAA